AUGCUCACCGCCGCGGCGGAGGUGCCGGCUGCUGCGGAGCCGGCGUGGACCUGGAGAGGCGCCCCGAUCUCCACGCUGGUGCGGAGGAUCCAGCAGCUGCAGAAUGACCGCGCGCAGGCCUUCCGCCGCCUGGACCAAGCUCACCGCCACUACCUGCUCAGUGAUGACUUCCCUCGUUACCGGAGUGAGGUGCACGAGGUAACCCAGGCCUUCGCCGCUGCCUCGAGGGAGGUACUGGCGGUGGAAGAGGAACUGGCGGGGCCUCGCGAGCAGCCGGUGCUCGCCCGCCACGUGCGCAGCCUGCAGGAGCUGGAACAGACGCGCUUGGCCACGGUGGCGCUGCUGCAGGUGAUGAGGACGCCAGGAGCGUCUGAACAGGAGGACCCUGACAAGUCGCGCCAGCUGAAAAUGAAGGUAAUUAAAACCAUGGAAGCGAUCAGCGAGGUUCUGCAGGAACUCAGGUUUGAUGCCGAAUCUGCCGAGUGAGGGCGGCUCCCCAGGGACCAGAGGAAGAUGGGAAAAGAGGCCCAUGGCAUCCAGCCCAGCCCUGACCGCCAGCUGGCUGAGGUCGUGCCCCGCCGGGCUGCCCUCCAAUGCGCCUCACGCAAUAAAGAAUUCUCCCUCUGC